AUGCUGGUGAAGUAUGGGGCCAUUGAGUCUGUAAUUGCAGAACUCAAGGACGACUUUAGAUACCUAAAACAGUACACCAAAACCGAUUACAAGGUAAAUGAUUAGUGCCUAUAUGGAGUCUGCACAUGCAUUUUCAUUGUGUGAAGGUGUAACCGCAUGAUUGUCUUGCUCACAGAUCCACUGCUCAGUGGCUAGUACUAUUCCUGACCACUGCAGAGUAUUUGCACUCAGUGAUGCUGAAAAGGAGAGCUAUUGCCACCACUGUAAUCAUCAACAUAAUCAAUGUUGUAAGAGCUGCGAGACCUUGAAGACUGUACAUAGCCAGUAUUAAGUAAACCCGGCCUAGGGCAAAAUAAUCCUAUCUAAUUAUGUCUUAUAUCUCUUUUAGUCUUUAGACUCAGUUUUGUCCUUUAUCCAGUCAACCAACCUCCCGCAAGACCUUCAGGAUGAAGGAUGA